CUGCCGGACGCGAGAGAGUAUUUCCGCACUGCAAGAGAGCGUAAGCUUUGCUAACCCUGCCGUUGGUAACGCUUCGUAACGCUACCGUUGCAUCGGUACGCACAGCUGUCACAUCAUACAGGUCAUCUCGGUAGCCGAGACGAAACCGCAGUAGUCUGAUUGCAGAUUCGGUGCGAAUUGGACGUUCGAGUUCGCGGGCUACACGGUGCUAACGGGUGCGAUCGCGCGGUCACUUGCAAGUAACGUUCGACGUUAAAAUUCAAAACCGUUUGUUUUUUAUUUAGUUCUUUACUGUACUCUGUGUCAGUGUGUGUAUGUGCAAAGUGUGAUAGAAAAACAGGCAAGUAAUGAUUCACACGGUGGAGUACUUGCGCCCGCAGGCAAGCAAAAAUGCGCCAACGGUUACUAUGACCGUAGAAGGAUAAAGCGAAAGAGUUGAGUGCAAACGAAACUCACUCCCCUAGGGGACGGAUGAAACAGGAGCCAACAAAAACUACCCAAACAAAUAAACAAAUCUUCUACGUAGGUUAACCGAAGGAAAAAAAACAUACCCCUUUCUCAGUAUUAUUUGUGUGAGCUUAACGCAAAAAAAACCCAAACACAUUUGUAACCAAGCUCUAAAUAAAUCUCCAGAGAGAUUGGGUUGACCUGCCAACCGCUCCACCUAGUAACAAGUUUGAGCGGCGAACUUUUGGCGAACAUUUUGUCCGCUGAACCGGUGUGACUGAAAUUGAUUUUUCUCGUUCGGUGUGUUGUGCGCAAAAAAAAGGCCAGCAAAGGUAUACCGGACAGCGUUCGAAGUGGCGUCUGCUGGUGGAACCAACCACCAGCCACCACAGUUUAGUUAAUUCCCUGCGGCCAACUGCUGGUGACGAUUCGGUGACGGGCAGAUGUAGCAAAACGCGCGCUGCUCCCGGUGGCACGAGAAUUUAUUUGUGAUUGUGGUUGCAUUGAGUGAAAGUUUCAUCGUUUUUCAUCCCGCAACGCUGUGUCGGCACGAACAACAAUCCGGGCACACACAUACACAUACCGUUUCUAUAGCGCCCGGUAAUUGUGCUGUAUGGGAAAGUUUGCUAACCCAGCUUCCCACAAUUAGUCAGUUUGAGGUGUUUUUGUGUGAGCGUGUGUGUGUGUGUUAGGUCGAAGUAAGAAGCUGGCGACGCUAAAGACAGACGAAGGAGCAUGCCGCUUCCGCACACGCACGGUGAAACAAAUCUUAAUCUCGAACUUAAUCUGGCGCCACCACUGCAUGGUACACGCUGAACAACUUCCCCAGCGCCCAGAGCCAUCUUCUGAAGAAGGUUGACGAGAACAGAGAGCUGAGAAAGAGAGAAGAAAACGAAACUCAGCCACAACACAGCACCCAAACGGUUAAAUCGUUUUAACGUUUACGCCGGCGCUUGCUUUGAUGCCGUUGUGAAUGUGGCGAAAUUAGAUUAGCUCCACCCCCCUCCCUUUCUGUGUGUGGUGCUCCUGCAGCAACGCCUACUACCCGCUCCGAUCGUUCAGCGGAAUGUAAGCGCUCGACAAGCCAUCAUCGGAGCGUACUCGAAACGCGCCUGAAAGUAGGCAACAGCUAUCAGAAGCAAGUUUGCUCCUUUCAAGCCGACGCGCGCCUUCAGUGCGAAUGUGUUUACGCAUUUGCCGCAUCUCGCAACCACACUACUAGAGCCGGCACCCACUUUCCGAUAAAUUUGCUCCUUAACGUAGCAGGAGCUAGCAAGGCAGGGAAAAAAAGCGUUCCACACAGCAAAUGCGAGUGAGAUCGGAUUUUUGAAAACCGACAUCGAGAGCUUUUGAGUGUAUCGUUUGCGAGAUCGAGGAAGAGUGGCAGAGAGGCGUCGAGGGAUUGCUGUGUGUUAUUCAGUGUUCUGUAGUGUACCCCGUGUGUGUGUAUCUGUGUAUUUCUAUGUGUAUGUUCUUGUGUGUGUGUAUGUGUGUGCUUGAAGCGUAAGAGUAACGUGAUUGUCAGUGGCCCGUUGUGCGGUUGAUUCAAUUUUGCUCGCGAUGAAAAGGCAAAUAUUAUUUUCUCCACCCCGCACACGUGCAGUGAAAGUGAAAUUAUCGCAUGGUGUAUGUUGGUUAGCCUAAAAAAAAGCAGUAGUAGCAACAUCAGCAGCAGCACACGUUGGUUAGCUUACGGAGCGCGCUAGAAGCGCUAGAAAAAUAGAAGCAGCAAAACUUUCAUUCCGAGGCCGGUACACGAGCCGGUACACUGUCAGGGCAGGUAGACAGCAAGCUUUUAACGUUGACGUACAGCAGCUACGACAGUAAAAAAAUAGAAUACAAAUACACUAAGAACACCGUUCGUGCGUUACAUCCAGUAGCACCGGCAGGGGGCGUACGUGAAGUUUUCCUUUUCCAGUUGUCAUCCUCCGGAUGAAAGUUUAAAUCCACGGUUCCUGUGCUGCCACAGGCACGAACAUCCUGCUUCAAAGGUGAAAGAGGCCCGCGGAGGUGUGCAUGAGGUGGGGGAAAAUAAAACACCAAAGUGCUGAAGUGGCAGCGUGCUGGAAGUAAUAACAAAACCAUACACGCACACGGUGGGCCUCUGCUGGCGCGAUUUCAGCCGUACCAACAGCAACCAACCAUCGACAAGGCGCAUCCGGUGUGUGUGUUUGAGGUGUUUAAGAUUCAGACUCUCGUGUGUGCGCGUGUGCGGUGUGUGUGCUAAGAGAAGCGGAGUGUUUGAAGCGGAAUAUUCACGUGUGACGAGGAGCAUCGGUAACAGUGUGAAACCCAGUGCGUAUUAACUACUGUGUUCGACUGUUUGGAGAAAGAGCAGAAAACAAAGUAAAUCGGUUUUGGUCAUCUAUUGUUCGUUUGAGUGGCAUGAAGCAGUGAUCAACAAAACAGAGCCUCCCGGAUGGAUGGGUGGAAGCAGUGUGUGGUGACGGGGGUGACGGUGUUGCUCGUGCUGGUAGCCACCCAGCUGCCCCCGGUCGGCUCGAACGCAACCGAAGCGCGCGGACAGCGGCCGGGUGGUCGCGACCGUUCCACCGGCUCGACCGCCAUAGCGUCCCUCUCGUCGGCAUCGAUAGCGGCCGCCCUUGCUUCGCGCCAAGCUACCGCGGGCAGCGGAAACGGCGGAAGCAGCAGCAGCAACAGUGGCAAUGCCUCGAACGGUGCUGGUAACGGUAACAACGGUGGUGGGGGCAAAUGUAAUAUCGCCCAGUUGCGUUGUGCCAACGGGACCUGCAUACCGGCGUCGAAAUUCUGCGACGGCAACUUCGAUUGCCUUGAUAAGAGCGACGAGCCGAAAGCUUGUACAGCAUGCAACCGCACCCUGCACGGUGAGGCCGGAAGAACGUACGAGCUGCAGAUACAAAACCCCCACGGCGUGUAUCCAUUCGUGUGUCACCUAAACUUUACGGCCACCGGUGGCCUCUACGGUGACAUUGUACAGCUAAAUCUAGCCAAGUUUAGCAUCGGGAAAUUUGUCGAAAACUAUCACGACGUCAAACAACACGGCGAGUGUACGGAGGGGUUCAUGACGAUCAGCGAACAGGGGCUGCCGAAUCUGGACGGUCGAUGGUGCGGAACGGCUUCCGGCUACACGAUAUACUACAGCGAGACAAAGUCGGUCAACGUGACGCUACGGCUAGACAAGCAACCGCCGGCCAGUGGCAGCGUGUCGAACGGGUUCGAAUUUCGGCUCAUCUACAAGUUCCUGCGGCACAGCGAUGCAAAGCUAAGGAACGACAACCGGAUAUGGAACGGAGAUCUCGUCCCCGGGAGCUACUGCAAUCGGAACUUUUAUGACUGCGACAAAAGGACCUGCAGGAUACGAUCGCCCAACUAUCCCGGCAUUUAUCCACGCAAUUUAACAUGUAAAUAUUAUAUUAAUCAUCGGGCGCCCCCGAGCGGUCUGCACGCGAUGAUCGUCCUUCGGCAGCCGGACGGGCAUAAAUUAAACAUGAAGGAGCAGGCGACACACCACGAGGCGAACAACCGGAUUUUAAGGAGCUGGGAGCAGUGUGACGAGGCACAGGACUAUCUGAGCAUUUACGACGGCGCGUCACCGGAAGCACCGACCAUUGGGCGCAUUUGCGGCGGAGACGUCCUGCCGGAUAUCGUGUCGAGCGGUCCGGAGAUGCGUGUCGAGUUCCACACGUCCCCGUACGAUGUGCCGUUCCAUCCGAAUCCGGUCACCUUCCUGCCCGGCUUCGAGCUGGAAGUGCACGUGCUGUACGUCAACUCCAACUCUCAGUCGUACAUCCGGCAGCCGGGCCGGUGCGAGUUUAUUGUCAGUGCGUUCGAGAGUCAAACGGGGGAGCUGGAGAGUCCGCAGCACACGCUACCGCCGGAAAGCUCCUGCCUGUACCACUUCCAGGGCCGACGGCACGAAACCGUGUGGGUUUCCUUUAUCAAGUACCACUCGGCCAUCGAUCCGACCGGGUUCGAGUCACCGGCCGAGUGCGUGACACAGCUACGCAUCUGGGACGGGCGAUGGUCAGUGACUUCGCGUCCUUACGGCGCACCACCGGAGUACCAGCGCAAUGCGAGCUUGAUCGAGCAGAUCUGUCGCGAGGAGGUGCCGAGACUUUGCUCCCGUUCGUUGGUAGCGAAGGGGAGUCGGCCAUGCUCAACGCAAGAGAGCUAUCUGUCGACGGGCUCCGACCUAACGAUCGAGUAUCGGCCCAGCCCAAUCGGUACGGCACGGCUUUACGGGCCAGCGUCCGCGUUCAAGCUACGCUACGAGUUUGUGGACAAUUCACUCGGUGGAGCUCCUCUGGAGCCACUCGUAGCUCCAUCCGCCAUGCCAGAACCGGCCGCACUCGUACAGUUCCACCCGAAGUCGUGCGAUCGUGUCUUUCGCUCUUCCUCCGCGUCGCGCGGCAUCUUCCGAUCGCCCUCGAACGUGUUCAUGUACGGUCGGGGAGGUUCGCCGAACAUUUCCUGCAUUAUUCGGUUCGAAGCGAGCGGCGGUGAGAGUGUCAGGUUAACGAUCACACGGGCACGCUUUGGAGGUAGAUCUUGUCAGAAUUUGCAAAACCGUUCGGGUCGUUGGCACUGCAACCAUCACGGUGGUCCCGUAUCAGACCUGCGCAUCAGUGAGGUACCGUGGACGGAUGUAUCGCCCCUACCGCGUGACUGCCUGUGCUCGGACGUGUCCGGCUCGAUUACGCUCGCCCCACUAGCGGCCAGCAUUGUGGAGGUGAAGUUCACCACCCUGCAGAUGGAAGUGGAUCAGGACUUCCGGGACUUUUACUUCGAGGGACGGUACGAGUUCGCACGCGACGGAUGCGAAACCGAUUGGUCCGAGCGGCGUCUUCGGGGACGUAGCGGCGAUGCCUACCUGAAGCCGACGCCAUGUCCUGCGCUGAUACAACCCUGGCUGCUGGAGCCCGAAACGGACAGUAGCUACCUGGUGCUGAAGCUAAAAGGCUUCUGGAUGCCACCGUUGCUGCAAUCGGCACCGCCCUGUCCAACGGACGCCCGCAUCACGGUAUACUCCACGAACAAUCCGAAGAACUCACGCGAUCUUUGCCCCUCCGGGCCGGACGUGGUGGCGUUCUCGGAUGGUUGGGAUCGAGCGUACGAGUUCAGCGCGAUGGAGAUCUCCAAGAGUCUCAUCAUUGAGUUUAAGAGCCCUCGCCGACCGCCGCUCGAGCUGAUCGAGUACAAGUUCUCGUGGAUGGAGAUCUUCCCGGCGCACGACUGUCCGCAUCGCUGCCAGGAGCUGCAGGCCUGCAUCCCGGCGGAGUUGUGGUGCGAUGGAAAGGUGCACUGUCCCUCCGGACAGGACGAAAGCCCUACGGAGUGCGAUCUACGGUUGCCCCUAUCGCCACUGCACGUUGGUCUAGCGGCGGCUACGCUCACGCUAGUCCUGUCGCUAGCCGCCGGCCUGACGGCCUGUGCACGACGCAAACGGGGCGAAAAGAAGCACCUGCAAGCGGUCCACCUGGAUACGGCUGGGCGGGGUGUCGGGUAUGGGCCACCGCUUCCGCACCACGCCGGGGCAGGCUAUCCGCACGCCAACCAUCACCUGUCGUCGAGCCAUGCCCUGACGCCCCUCUACCUGGACCCGUCAAAGGACAGCUUCUGUUGACAGGAGCUGGAGACUUCGGUGUAGCCAAUGCCGAAGUCGUCGCAGGACUUUUACUACUUCGCGUUCAACGCCGGCACCAACACAAGCAGCUGUUGAGUGGUCGGAGAUGCUGAACGGUCGCGAGGUGCACACAAGCCCAGUGGCGUUACCGAUCGCAAUACUUCGAGCGAACGUACUUCAAGCCAAGGUGAUAUUUGACGCACACGUAGAGCAGGUAGAACGUGUGUGUAUUUCAAAUCCCCCUUUAUCCGCACCCUCCCGGUUAGUAGGAAAAGGAAUUGUUUUAGCAAUAGCAACAUAGCGUGCUCGAUGUAGCAUUUAACCCGACUACGUCGUGGCACGGCGAGCGGCAUAUAGCACACAGAUACACAAACACAGGUUGGUUUUUAAUUGUGACAAUCAGUUGAGACAGUUGACAAUUCUGCUCCCCCCUCCCUUCCUAGGAGAAGCUAGCUUGUCAUGGGACUGGAGGCGAGCAGGCGCAACAAUACCCCCGCGUGCGGAAGUGAAGCAAGAAAAGGAUUUGAAUGUUGUACAUUUGGAAAUUACUAGUAACUAAAAUGGUUGUGAUGGCCAGUGUAAGAAAUUAAACACACACGGAAAGCGUGCUAAAACGCUAUUUAGAAAGGGAAUUAAACGUUUUAAUUUUCCUUUUUGCUUUAACUGCAGUAGG